AUGCCAGGAGAAACUGUUACAAUACAUGCUGGUCAAUGUGGAAAUCAAGUCGGAUAUCACUACUGGAACCAGUUAGCAUCUGAGCAUGGCAUUUUACCCGAUGGAACUCUCCAGCCAUAUCCAAAGGAAAACCUUUCGUUUUCUAGUAGCAAAGAGAGUACUGUUAACAAUGAUUCCAUAAACAGGCAUGAUCGUAGCGAUGGCUUUUUCACGUCGGACAACCAAAGAUAUACACCCAGAGCUAUAUUAAUAGAUUUAGAGCCUUCAGUGAUUGCCAAAUCUACUAGUGCUUUGCCAAUGCUUAAUCCUAGAAACAUUCACCUCAGCAAGCGAGGCAAUGGGGCGGCCAAUAACUGGCAGAGAGGCUAUGACUAUGGGUUACAGUAUCAAGAUGACCUAAUUAAUUUGAUUGACCGUGAAGUCGACAAAUGCGAUAAUUUAUCAAACUUUCAAUUAAUGCAUAGCGUGGCUGGCGGGACCGGAUCAGGUGUGGGCUCAUUACUACUUGAACUUUUGACUGACAGGUAUGGCAGCAAAAAGUUAAUAAACACAUUCCUGAUAUUCCCGUCAAACGAAAAGACUUCUGACGUUGUUGUACAGCCAUAUAAUACAAUGCUUACUUUAAAAAGACUAAUUGAUUUCAGUGAUGCCACGUUCAUUUUUGAGAAUGAUGCACUCAACAAUAUUGAAAAUAUUUUAAGUUAUAAGAGUAAUAUAGCAUUUGAAGGAGCCAACAAGCUCAUAUCAUACGUACUGGCAAGUUUAUCUAAUCCCUUGAGGUUCCCCAAUUACAUGUAUAGUUCUUUCGAGUCUAUCCUUUCAACGCUCAUACCAACUCCAGAUUUGAAAUUUAUCACAUCGUCAUUGGCACCGGCCAAUCUUAAUGAGUAUGAUACCAUGCUCGAGCUCUCUAACGAUAGGUAUAAGUUAAACAGUACACAUGGAGCUGCGAAUUAUAUUUCUACAUUGAACUACUUGAUUGGCCUGGAUUUAAAACAAGAUGAAAUAAGAAAAGGGACUUUAAGAGCACAACAACGUAUUUCAUUCGUACCUUGGACCUCUUCCUCAAUUCACUUGGUCAAUUGCAAAAGGUCGCCUUUUGCUAAAGAUGAUUUCAAGGGAUUGCAAGUUUCCAACAAUACUUCUAUGAUUCAUGUUUUUUCGAAGGUAGUUAAGCAAUUUGAUCUAUUAGCCAAACGUGAAGCUUACAUCAAUUACUACACUGAUUCCAACGAAAGUGAAGAAAGGCUAAGGGUGCUUGACUUGUUUAAUGACUGCAAGGAGAGCGUUCUUCAUGUUAUUGAUGAAUAUAAAUCAUGUCAAGAUCAAAGUUAUCUAGAAGACGAGAUUCUUGAUGAUGAUGAGCUUAUGUAG